GUGUGGACUGCAUAAUUAGUAUGGAAAAAGUGACCGAGGUUGCAGCGCUGCUGUUGGUGUUGUUGGUGACGUCAGCAGCCACCGACCUCCAGACUCGACUCGAUGAGAGCAGCAACCGCCUCGUAAUCACCACGACAAACGAUGGCGAGGAUGUUGAAGUCGGCUAUGUCACAGUUGAAGACACCACGGGCUCUCGCAAACUGUGCUCUGACCCUGAGUCUGAUGAUAACUGUCUACCAUUCCCCGAGCCAACAAUCACCACACAUCGUCAAGGUCGAGCCCUCAUUUGUGCCACAUACAAGAUGGAAGCGGGGGGUAGUGGGAUCACUAUUCGGAGCUGUGUCGACCAUUCGGGCAGCCAUAUCUAUGGAGGACCCGAGCAGUACAAUCAGACCUGGCUAAUAGAGGACAACGUGUACAGCGAUUACUCGUACGUCAGCAAACAGCAAGACAACGUCGGCGUGGCAGAGCGUUACUGGCUCUUCUCCGAUGGCCGAUACGUUUACAUUCCUCAAUAUGUGCCUCUUUUUAUCGAACAGAAUACAAACACGUCGGAGGAUCAACUAUGUUUCAUUGCAGAGAACAAGCCACCUUACCCAGUUAAUCGGUCAGAGACUGUUCUGGAGUUCACAGUCUGCUACUACGAAAACGCAAGGGUAGGGCACGAAGAGGCCAUCGCAGAACACUUCGACAAACCCCUAGGCAUUCCAGACGAGCGCAUGACCACGCAUCCCAUAUGGUCGACGUGGGCGCGUUACAAGAGAGAUAUCAAGGACACGACAGUGAGGCAGUUCGCCAGCGAGAUAGUCGAACACGGCUUCAGCAACAGCCAGAUUGAGAUAGACGACAAGUGGGAGACUUGUUACGGCAGCCUCACGUUCGACCCCAACAAGUUCCCUGACGUCAGAGCGCUCGUAGACGACCUGCACGCAAUGGGGUUCCGUGUCACGCUGUGGGUGCACCCGUUCAUCAACUCUGACUGCGAACCGCGUUACUCGAGGGCGCUGGAGGAGGACUGGUUCGUCAGCGACUCCGAGGGCAGCACCAACACCAGCUGGUGGAACGGCCAGGGCGGCAUCAUCGACUUCAACAGCGAUGCGGCCUCGGGCCGAUGGUCCUGCAUGCUCUGGAAAAUCAAGACUGAGACGGGAAUCGACUCGUUCAAGUUCGACGCCGGCGAGACCAGCUGGCUCCCAGAGCUUCCCGUACUGAGGCCCACGGAGACGAACCCCGUGCAGUACUCUAUGGACUAUGUGAAGAACGCCGCCCAGUUCGGGUCAAUGAUAGAGGUUCGCGUCGGCCAACACAGCCAGCAGUUCCCGUACUACGUCCGCAUGCUCGACAAGGACAGCAGGUGGGGCUUCGACAACGGCCUGGCUUCGCUGGUGACGACGCUGCUGCAGAUGAACAUGGUGGGCUACCCCUUCGUUCUGCCAGACAUGGUGGGCGGCAACGGCUACGGCAGCGACGUCCUCACCAAGGAGCUCUUCAUACGCUGGCUGCAGGCCACCGUCUUCAUGCCAGCCAUUCAGUUUUCUUACGUGCCCUGGGACUUUGACGACGAGACGGUGGAGCUUAGCCGUCAGCUGGUGGCGCUGCACGCCCAGUACGCCCCGCGCAUCGUGGAGCUGAUGAGGAAGGCGGUAGAGGAUGGCAGCCCCGUCAACCCUCCAAUCUGGUGGGUCGACCCCACCGACGACACGGCCCUCGGCAUAAACUCAGAGUUCCUGCUUGGAGAAGACCUGUUGGUGGCGCCGGUGCUGGAGGAGGGCGCUGUCAGCCGCGACAUCUACCUGCCCAGGGGCAGCUGGAGGGACGAGGCGGACUCAAAACACCCAGUCAUAGACGGCCCUAUCUGGCUCACCAACUACUCGGCUCCACUCAGCGUCCUGCCUUACUUCACCCGAGCCUCUGAUGUCCCUGACGCCACUGGAGGUUCCUCACAGAUUCGACUGUUCAUUCCUGCAACAGGUUCCAGUUGGGCAAGCAGUACUGUACUUUUGUACAUUUGUUCACUUGCCUUCCGCCGAUUACUUACAUAAUUUGCUUGUCGUUCACCUUCAAUAAUGUCUUACAAACGUCAACUAUUGCCUUUAAAAUAAUGCUGACAGUUCUUUGAACAUUUUGAACGACGUGAGCAUUAGUCCUGAAACACAUUUUGUAUAUUGGUAGUAUUUUGAGUCCGAGUAAUAAUAUUUUCGUACAUUCUAAACAGCAAACUCAUUAAAAUUUAACUUCAAUAACUGAAUGUAGAAAUAUAAUUAUAGGAAGAUAUUAAGGAAUAUUGUAAGA